GGAGUUGGGUUUGGGGGCUCAGAUCAUGUUUACUUCAGAAGGGCCUUGAGAGAUCACCGCAUUCCCUGGUGCUCACACCUGGCUACUGACAUUAGAUUCCUGUGCCUCACCUCCCAAGGUCCUGAUUUCGCAGGUCCAGAGUGGGGCUCAGGAAUCUGUAUUUUUAAAAGUACCCCAAGUACUUCUGAUGGUAAGCCUAUUUGGGGAAGGACGUAUUAUCUAGUCAGCACCUCAACUUAGAGAUAAAGCUGUCAAGGUAUGCGGAGCUGGGGGUGUGGAGGGAGUUUCCCAGUGGCUGUGUUGGCCUGUACACAGCUGUGAUUCUACCCCACAUUCACACAACGCCAGUUCCACCAGGCAGACACACAGAAUGUCUUGCUCCUAUUUGCAUAAAAAUCCAAAGAAACAACUGAAACCACUUGUUACGUCAGCUUCCUGGCGUACAUGCGUUUCUUUUUUUUUUCCUCUGUGCUUUUGGGUUUCACUUUGCCUCUCACUGUCUCCCUUCCUUCCCUUCCUCCCUCAUAUUGUCCUGCACUUUAACAACACAUGACUUUAACCUGAUACUCGUCUUUGUUCUCCUAGCUGCUUUCAAUGACCAAAUCUGGUUCCUGGCCUUGACUCCGUGGAGAGUGUAUCUCCUGAUCUCAGUCAUGCUACUUGGGCGUGUUAUUAUGCAAAUAAUAAAGGAUGUGGUUUUGUCGAGAAUGAGAGGUGCACAGUUGUGGAGAAGCCUCAGCGAAAGCUGGGAGGUUAUCAAUGCCAAACCAGAUGAAAGAACCAGACUCAGCCACUGUAUUGCAGAAUCAUGGAUGAACUUCAGCAUCUUUCUCCAAGAAAUGUCUGCUUUUAAACAGCAGAGCCCUGGCAAGUUUUGCCUUCUGGUCUGCAGUGUGUGCACAUUUUUUACGAUCUUGGGAAGUUACAUUCCUGGGGUUAUACUCAGCUAUCUACUGUUACUGUUUGCAUUUUUGUGUCCCCUCUUUAAGUGUAAUGAUAUUGGACAAAAACUAUACAGCAAAAUCAAGUCGGUUCUGUUGAAACUAGACUUUGGAAUCGGGGAAUAUAUUAAUCUGAAGAAACGUGAGAGAUCUGAAGCAGAUAAAGAAAAAAGUCAGAAGGAUGACAGUGAAUUAGACUUUUCAGCUCUUUGUCCUAAGAUUAGCCUCACGGUUGCUGCCAAAGAAUUAUCUGUGUCUGACACGGACGUAUCAGAGGUAUCCUGGACGGAUAAUGGGACCUUCAACCUUUCAGAAGGAUAUACUCCACAGACGGACACAUCUGACGAUCUUGACCGACCUAGCGAGCAGGAAGCUUUCUCUCGAGACCUUCCAGAAUUUCCGUCUCUAGAAAAUGGCAUGGGAACAAAUGAUGAAGAUGAAUUAAGCAUUGGCUUGCCUGUUGAGCUCAAGAGAAAAAAGGAGCAGUUGGAUGGUGGCCACAGACCGAGCAAAGAAAAACAGUCAGCAGCUGGUCUCACCCUUCCUCUGAACAGUGACCAAGCCUUUCAUUUGAUGAGCAACCUGGCUGGGAACGUCAUCACAGCCGCAGUGACUGCUGCUAUCAAAGACCAGUUAGAGGGCGCGCAGCAAGCACUUUCCAAGGCUGCACCCAGCCUAGGAGAGGACACAGACACUGAAGAAGGGGAUGACUUUGAACUACUGGACCAGGCAGAGCUUGAUCAAAUUGAGAGUGAAUUGGGACUUACACAAGACCAGGAAGCAGAAGCACAGCAAAAUAAGAAGUCUUCAGGCUUCCUUUCCAAUCUACUGGGAGGCCAUUAAUCUGGGAAUCGGCUUGCAAUAGAACACAGAAAAACCACCAAAAAAAUUCAAACACGCAAAAAGAGGAAGGAAAAAAAAAAAAAAAGAAAAAAAAUUUGAACUCUGAGCUUUAAUAAUUACUGUAGAUUUUUUUUUGUCUUUCCCUUCUGCAGUGAAUUAAUUGGAUAUAUAUCAGCUGUCACUGAUAGAUUGAUAUUUCUGAUAGUUAUUUUUAUGUAAUAAGCAUGGAAAUGAACUUUCAAUAUAUAUACAUACUGUGUUGUCAGAGAUGAAUAUUAGUGGUUGUUUUUAAAACAAAAAGAAAAAAAAAACUCACCAAAUUGUUGAGAUCCUCCUAUAAGUAUUCCUUAUUUUUUCUUUACAAUUAACUUUUCAAGCAUGCAGAACAGUUUAUUGUUAACUCACUGAAAUAGUAACAAUUAAUUGUGAAUACUUGCUGCAUCAGCGCCCUUGUUCCUAAUACGUGGAAACAGUUCAAAACAAAACAAAACUUUUGGUAGACUGGGAUGUAAAAAGACAAAAAUGAUCCAAGUAUCUUUAGUGGAAGAACUUGGAAAAUAGUUACAAAAUGAAUUUCCUAGGAAAAUUUAAAAAUAUAUGUAUUUACUACUUUGGAUAGGCUGACAGACGUCCAUGUUACUUCUGCAGUUGUAGACAUAGGCUUAUUUGUAAAGUGGCACACUCUAUUGACUGCCAUCUCGAGGUUCGCAGUGGGCGACGUUAACCUAGGGCAAGCGAGUAGUUGUACAUCACGUAGACGAUAGUUAUGAUGUAAACGGAUUCUGCUGUGUUUUGUUCAUUUGUCGUAUGCUUGUAAUGGGGACGUUGUCAGUGCACAUCUCUUCUGCCUGCUUAGACCUAGCUUAAACCCUCAUCUUUUAUAUCAUAGGAAAAGUCUCCUACAAUUGAGAAACUAGUUCCUGACAGGUUCUCUGAGUGAUGUGGUCAUCAGUGAUACAAAAACAACAGGCUUGCUUUCCUAGUAGGUAGAGAUAGAGGAGAGGAACUUGCUUGGCUUUGAAGUAUAUUUAUUUGCCAUUUGUCUAAAUAGGUAAUCCAUUUUUUAUUGGGAAGCUAGACUAUCUCUCUUCCUUUAUUUUAAACUUUUUAGAUCACCUUUCAAUAACCAAAUUUGGCAUACAGUUUUUAACUGAAAAGCAGAAAUCAAGUAGCUUUGUGAUUUUUGAUUGUAAUAUAAGCUUUUAGUAGCAUUGAGGGACCAUGUCAGCCACUACCCAAACUUUCUGAAAUCUUCAGGUACAGCUGGCAUUUCUACAGACACGGACAUCUGAGACCCUCAGAAAGGCAGGAUAAUCCAAGAAUAUAGGAAACCUUUUUUCCUCUCCCUUCCUUUUAACCCUUGUAUUUCUGAAGACGCAUUCUAGGUAACCUGACAUUUUAAUAUAGCACCUCU